AAGAAAAUACGAUAAAUACCGAAAUCGCGAACUUUAUUGGAGGGUUUUGGGUACAUUAACAUUUUCACGUGCUCAUCUAUUCUCUUAUUAUUCGUGAGCCAAACGCUAUCUCACUUUUAUGUAGUAUAUGUUAGCAAGUGACUGGCUUUAUAAUCACCAUGACUCAAACUGAAUCUCCCUGCAGUUGUACCAUUAGACUUGUUCUGCAUGUUUUAGAUUGCUUAGGAUUAUUGCUUAUUAUUGUUUUGCAAGGAAGUAUAUUAGACUACUAUCUCAUUCUUCAUAACGGUGGCAAUGCUGCUUGGUACUUUUGGUUUCUUGCUGAUUUCCUGAUUCUUAUUGCAUUUAUGGCUGCUGCAGUUAUUUCUUAUAGAUAUUACCAAAAGAAGGGCAGAGAACGAAAAACUGAAUCUAGUGCCAAAGAAAGUUCUUCCGAUGUCAAAUCGUUUCUCAGACUUGGCUCUUUACCUCUUGUUUAUACUGUGUGGUUCUUUUAUUCUUCCUUGUUAACAGCAAAAGUUGUCUUGUUAUUUAAACUUGAUGUUGCUCAGUCUUUAGAUGCAGACUCAGCAUUUGGUCCGCAGCUGCUUAAAGUCAUUAUAGCAUCAUCUGCUGUAGUGUUCCUUCUCCUUGUAGAAACUCAUAACCAUGCUGAGCUUCACUCUGAUCACCAAGCUUACAUUUAUUAUUUGAUCACAUCAACUGUUUUUGAAAUAUUUGACAGUGUUACCUUCUUAGGUAUACUCUUUCCUACUCAGUCUCGCAUUGUCUUAACUUAUCCAUUAGAAAAUUCUGUUCUUUUGCUUUCUUGCAUUAAUUUUAUUCUUCCAACCAUGACUCUUUAUAAAUUGAGUUUAUCAGAAUUUGGUAAAAAACCCCGCUCACUUGGUCUGCAAUUGUUAUAUAAGUGGUUACAUCUGUGUUUAGUUAAUAUCCCCUACUUUGUUAUUAGAGUCUAUUUGUGGUCGCUUUAUGAUCAUGAUGUAACUCUUUUCCUUUUAAAAAAUAUAUUAGCAGUUAUUGUCACAGCUCGAACCGCUGUCCCAGAAAUAAAAUUGUUGUGGCAUUCAAUGCAAGAAUCUCGAGGUAAACGACGCAAAUUUUUCAGCAAUGUGAUGGAGCUUGGUGCAGUUUAUGAGAUAACAGAUAACCAUGGGGAUGAGGGGAAUUUGCGAGGAGAUGAAAAAAAGGUACUUCAUAGCACUGAACUAUAGGAAAUUGUACUUAUUGUCUAUGAACUUAUUUAUCUGUUGCUAGAGGCUUGACUAUAUUUUUAAAAAAACAGGAAACAUUUAUUUAAUUGAUGGAUUUUUUAAAAGGCAUUCUAUAAUUCAUUUUUUAUGGUUCUAUUUUAUAUUUAUUCUAUUAUAGUGUUAUAAUUUUUAUCUUUUAAAUUUUGUAUUUUAUUCUGUGAUGGAAAUUAUGUUUUAAAUUCGUUGUUUAAAUUUUAUCUUUAAAAAAUUCUUGGCGUACUUCAUGUAUGUCAGUUGAGAAAAGGAAAGCUUUUCUAUAUUAUUCUAUAUUUAAAAAAAAACACACACAAAAAAAUUGACUUGUAUUUUUGUUUGACAACAAAUGAUGUAAGGAGAAAAAGUCAAACAAGAUUAUAAAUAAUGGAAAUGGUAGUUCUUAUUUUCUUUAUUUGUGAUAUUUUAAUGAUCUGGCAAAUAUUGUAACUGAUUUUAUUCUUGAGUUGGAGAAAAGGUAGAUUCAUGUAAUUAGAUCUGAAAGAUUUAGUUGCUGUUUAUUUUAUUAAUUCUUAGCAAUAAUAAC